UCCUUUUUUCUCCAUCCUCGCAUCAUCAUCAUCACCACCAUCGUGUCCAAGCCCAGAGAGCAGCCGCCGCAUCCCCCCCUCCACAUCCUCCAUCCCUCCCUCCUCGCCGACAUGGACGCAGGUUGCAUUUGAACGGCUCAAGUCUCCGCUCACAGAGUCAAGACGGGGGGCACAAUGAGCCAAGAGCCACCGGCCAACCCCAGCUGGCUCACCCCUGACCCCACAGCCUGGGCUAGCGGAGGAGGGGGCCCCACGGACAACGCCAGCAUCCCGGGGACGUUCCCCCUGGAGGAGUCCCUGUCGCCUCGCCAGCUGCCCCUGCUAGUCAACCCGUGGGACGUCGUCCUGUGCACGUCAGGGACUCUGAUUGCCUGCGAGAACGCUCUGGUGGUCCUGGUGAUCUGGCAGAACCCGGCGCUGCGGGCCCCCAUGUUCCUGCUGAUCGGCAGCUUGGCUCUGGCCGACCUACUGGCCGGCCUGGGCCUGGUGCUGCACUUCACCUGUGCCUACCUGCUGCAGUCCGACUCGGCCCAGCUGCUGACGGUGGGCCUGGUGGUGGCGUCCUUCUCGGCCUCCGUCUUCAGCCUGCUUGCCAUCACCAUCGACCGCUACCUGUCACUCUACUACGCCCUCACGUACAACUCUGAGCGUACAGCGGCGUUCACCUACACCAUGCUGGUGCUGUUGUGGAGUCUGUCGCUGUGUUUGGGCCUGCUGCCCGUCACAGGCGUCAACUGCCUGGCGGAGGAGGCCACGUGCAGCGUGGUGCGCCCGCUGACCAAGAACAACAUCGCCGUUCUGUCUGUCUCCUUCUUGCUGCUCUUCGGCCUCAUGCUGCAGCUCUACGUGCAGAUUUGCAAGAUUGUGAUGCGCCACGCCCACCAGAUUGCCCUGCAGCACCACUUCCUGGCCGCCACGCCGCACUAUGUCACCACGCGGAAGGGCGUGUCCACGCUGGCCAUCAUCCUGGGGACCUUCGCCGCCUGCUGGAUGCCCUUCACCGUCUACUCCCUCAUCGCCGACUACACGUAUCCACCACUAUACACCUACGCCACGCUGGUGCCCGCCACCUACAACUCGGUCAUCAACCCGGUCAUCUACGCCUUCCGGAACCAGGAGAUCCAGAAGGCGCUGUGGCUGGUGUGCUGCGGUUGCGUGCCCGCCAGCGUGGCCCAACGGGCUCGGACUCCCAGUGACGUCUGACCCGGCGGACCUUGUGUAUUUUGCAACAGAGGGAGCGGGUCCACGCAGGAGCUUUGCUCGUCUACCACACGGAUGGCUGCCUUUUUCGUCAUCACAAAGGUUUUUCCUUUUUGUCUUCCUCACCAGAGGCGGCCAUGGUGCAUGCUGCCCCAUACGCCCUCCCUCGUUUUGGUGCCACGCCCUUCCAGUGCUCUGCAGAAGGUGCAUCACAUGUUCCAUGCAGCUCUGGCCAACAUGUGCUCGUCCUUCUUCAUGCACCGAGGGAUUAUCGUGCGGCCUUUUGCUCGAGCGGCAGAUUAACGUGGGAGACGAAGAGCACGCAGACCUUUUUUUUCUCUCCAAACAUCACAGUCUGGAGCAGCAUCCCGCCGCUCAGCUCCUGCACACCCUGAACGUGCGUGGCAAGCGAAAGAGGCGGCGUCAGCUAAAAAUAGAUGCCCAGGCCUCGCGUCCUCCACAGACAGCGAGGAGAAAAAAAUGAGGACUUGUCUUUCAAUGGAUUAUUGUGUGUGAAUGUGUUGGACACACACACACAUCACCCACAUGGGAGACCCCCUGCCAUCAACCCCCGCCCCUCUUUGCACUUUUCAUCAUCACUGGAGGCUGCAUCAUCACUCUAUUUGCUUUCCUGCUGAAGGUUACCUGUGAUGGAAGCUUACCAUGUUUGUUUUUAACCCCUCAUAUCAACCAUGUGACUCCUCGCAGCCAAUCAGUGAAUAGAAUUCACAAUGUUUUUGGCUCCUUUCAUCCUAAACAAUUAGGAUUAUUUAAAUUACGGGUCACUCAUUGGAUUACUUACUGUAAUAAUGUAAAAUGACAAAAGUACAUAAAAAAACAACUAAAUUAAUUGAAUAUUAUAAUGUCAUUGUUUAAUGAGGAUUACUAACUUGAAAACAUUUUUUAUUGACUUUUUUUAAAUUAAACUUAAUUUAAUUAAUUAAACUUCAUUUAAAUACUUUUUUUGUUACUUUUUCACAUUCAAAGCACCUACGAUGAUGUUGCAGUGAUAAAACAUUACUUUUAACCUGUAUGGCACUACAGCAAAACAUAUUAGCAUUUUUUUUUUAUCAUCAUAUUUAUACAAAAUGACAUAUCAAUACCAUUCUUGUCCAGUGGAAAAUCAUGUAUCUCCAAUUAUUUUUGUUGAAUUUCUUUUUUGGUUAAAAAACAACAACAAACAAAUGGUGACACUUUACAUUUAUUAUUUAAUUUUUCUCGUCUGGCUGCGACAGAAACUUAUCACAUAUGGUUCCUUGCUCAAAUUAUUUUUUAUUUACAAUAUUAAUAAUAUUUAACACUAAAUAAUAAUUUUAAAAAAAUUUAAAAACUAUAAUGAUAAUAGUAGAGCAUAAUAGUAUUCCAGUGAGUUGCCCCCCAUGGCUAACAUUUCAAAAUUCAAAUAGAGUCAUGAAAAGAAGUUUUUAGCGGCCCUACAUAGCUGUGUGCGUUGCAUGUCAACUUGGCUGUCAUUUGCAUGCAACAAGCACAAAAUCCACUCUUGUCCCGAGUUCAGCGCCAGCUGUGUUAUCCUGACCUCAAUAUGGCGUUUUAUUUCUUUCCCAAUAUUAUGAUCACAAGAUGCGAUCAUGUGUACGUUGACUGGAGCCAAUGUUCGCUCUCUGAGUUUGUUGAGGGAAGCUGAGCCGACGCCGGAGCUCAUUUUCUCAUUUAGACAGCCGUGCUGCCAGCAAUAACUAGCCUUUGAAUGGUAGUUAUUUUGGAGGUGAAGCAAUACUCAGACAGCAAUAACAUCCACGCACACACUCCAUACUGUGAUUUCCUCCUUCAUUUGUGGUUGCCUUCUGCUGUCCUGAGUGUCGUAACCUCAAGUGUCUUUGUGUUUGUUGUGAGUUGCAUGGCCUCCGGGCAGGUGCAUGUGCGAUCCCAGCAGACCACAUAUAUGGUCUCCUUAAAAAUGAGGAGGGAGUGAGGUGUCGCUACAUACUGUACGUCAGUGUUGGCCUCCUUGAUUUGUGGGGGCGAUGCUGCUGCCAGUCUUCCUGUCCAUCGGGAGCGAAUUUACACACCGCAUGCAAAGUCAGGAACGACAGGACGCGACUUGAAGCCAAAGCGAAAGGGAGCGGAGGGACUGCUGCAGUCCUGCUGCUGCGGCUACACUUUAAAUCAAUGAAGACAGGUGUCCUUCAAGUGACCUCUGGAUGAUCUAUGAGCUAAACAGGACCACUUCCAAAUAUGAAGAUGAUGCCCCUUUCUCUCUUUUCCAUCACUUCCACAGAAUGAAGUGAGGGAAGCGGAAGAAGAGCACUUCCCAAUAUUGGAACGUGGCCCGUCUGUGUCAGACUGACAAACAUCACUUAAAAAAAAUAGUCUAUUUUGUUAUAUUCAUUGAAAAGUUCUAUUUUUUUCCACUUUGGUCCGGCCUGAAUUCAUUUGAGAUGUAUGAUAUCACGGCGCUGUAAAAGCCUUUUUUCUGAAUGUACUCCCAAAUUCUCCUUUUUGAGUUGAAGUGUAAAUAAUAAUAAUAAUAAUAUUAAUGAUAACACGGCAUGCUUGACAAUGGGGGGGGGCAAUGACAAAAAUCACCGUGCAUGGUGCUACCAAAGCCAGUCACCUUUCAAGGAUGCACCCUUUCUCCAGUUCGUCCAGUUAGAACAGGGUUUCCCAAACCUUAUCAGCUCAAACCUACUAAAACACACCACAAAAGUGUUUUCCACACAUUCAUUCAUUUGUGGUGGCCUGCCAAAAUUACAUUUGACGUGCCACAGAAAGAUUUUGCCGCUUCUUUUUAUAUUUUUUUAAAGAACAGGUGUGUUCACCCUUGCUCACAAGCACGUUACAUCGGGACUAACUGUGUAGCUUGCUGUUACAACGUUGCACAGUCGUAACUCUACUUCUUAACACACCUCAUACGUGCAUAGCACAGCUGACUUGUUUGCAAUGUCAUCCAUUAUCUUUAAAAUCAGCGCAACCUUACAUGGAGCGCAGAACACACCAUGGAUGUUUUUUUUAAUCGCCACUGCGUGUUAAGUAAGGCUCACGCAUGCGCGUAAAUGAAACAAACACCUGGAGGUUAAUAACUUCAUGCUGUUAAAAAAGGUUACAAAACACAUGAGAUAGUGUUGCACAUUUCUUAUGACAAACCGAACAUGCAAUUGUUCAAAUUAGACAAUGGUAUUUAGCCUCUCCCACACACCUCAUGCCACAGAUACAUUGCGGUCCUGUGGGAAACACUGUCACAUAUUGGCAUAAAGGUAUAGUGUACAUACAUACAUGAAAAGGAUCAAGCGCAUCUUUAAAAAAAUGAGGCUUUAAGUUUGGGAAACCCUGAUGGAGGUAGAAUUUGUCCAAAAUGCACCCCGGGAAGAAGAGUAUGGUGAAAGAUAAACAGUGGUGCAAACAAGGGCUUUUCUAUCCAAGAAUAGUAAAAGGCUGUCAUGUUGGAUGUUACACUUCUACACACACACACACACAGUUGUAAAUCUGAGCGUGUGCAGAAAAGUGAAGGUGUGGCCAACGACGGGCUGGAUGUUGACGAUGUUCGCUAAUGUUAGAGCUAAAUAUCACUCAAGGGCCUGUGAAUGUCUGUCUGGGUUAUGGGGAA